AUGGCAAACCAAGACCAUCAGCCCCACAACUGCUCCCUGGGGGAAACCUUGAACUUUCUCUACCUGAAUAAUCUGAAUGUCAACUGCCACCCUCUGCCAAAGAGCUCCACAAACCUAGAAGGCAACAGGCAAGGAAGUUUUGAAGAAAGCCAGAGCCACAGACGGGACCUCCCCAAAAGCCUCAGUGGUUCUGUUUGCCAAACCCAGGAGACGGGGACCACCACUGGGAGAGUUCUUGGCAGCUUCUCCCCACAAGACCAUGUGCCACGUUCCAUCAGAAACAGCAGCCGCUUCUUUAGUGUUGACCAGUCCCCAACAUCAGAAGAAGGGAUGAUGUAUCCUAGAACAUACCUCCAGGGAGGUCCUGUUGAGAAGUUAACUCCAGCCUCUGGGGCCAACCUCCAAUAUCAAUGGACAAUGGAGGGUCCGGGAGUUGCAGUCCGGAGGAGCCUCUCUGAUCUCACCUGUAGCUGCAAGCAACCGAGUCCCACCUUUCACAUGGAGUCUAGUGCCACAUCCCCAGCGGUAUGUUCACACAGUAGUAACUUUGCUUUGGUGAACAGACUGAUGAUUGAAGGAUUGAGAUAUGGAGCGGACCCUCGUGAAAACAGCCCAGAUUUGCAAAGCCAUAGGAUGCAGAGUUCAUGUUUGUCAAGAGACCACAACAUUGUACCUGCUAAUGUCUUUCACCAAGAUGCUUCAUCACACAAUGUUGCUAUUUUUACAGACUCCGAAGCAUAUCACACAAAUGUCCUUGCUUCAAGUCUUGCUACUGUCUCCAAUCGGUCAAUGCUUGCCCACAGCAGAAUAGGACACAGCAGCUUUUCAACUGGCACUUGCCCACCUGGAAUGGUGACCAUUCCUAAUGGCAUUCCUCUGCCCUGCAGCAGAAGCCACAUGUCUUCUGCAAAGGAAGAAGGCACCAUUCCUGCCUACUGCCAUUCCUUACCAAUACCUUCUCUCCAGUUUACCCCUAGGCCAGUAUGCCCAGUUAAUGAACUGGGCGAAGAACAAGGCAACCCUGAGGGUUGUUCAUCUUUGCUUGCUACUGAAGUCUCCUCUGUGAAUGGGUCAAGUCUGGAAGCCAACCGCAUCCUGGGAUGCUGUGGGGCCCAUGGGGAGCGGGUGCUGCCUCCUCAGUCUUAUGGACGACCCAGCAAGGGUCAGGAGGAAAUGAAGACCGUGUAUGUGGUAUGGAACAGCCAACAAGAGGGGGUUCAGACGGUCAUGAAGACCAAAGACAUGUGGACCAUGACCUCUAGGAAUGAUCUCACCCAGGGAUUCCAGUCUCCGCUGGACUACAGAGAUGCCGAAGUGCAAACUUUCGCAGGAAAGGAAUGCAAGUCCGUGGCAACCAGCCCAUCUGUUCUGGCAGAAGGCCAGCCUCAUGUCUUCCCAGAGGUGAACCUGAAGCCAGAGGCUGAGGGUGAGAAGUCUCCCGUGCGAGAUGUCAGGUGGGACGAUGAAGGCAUGACCUGGGAAGUCUAUGGGGCAGCGGUUGAUCCCGAGGAGCUUGGGCUGGCCAUCCAGAAGCACCUGGAGAUCCAGAUAGAACAAUUCCAAACGGAACCUGAGGAGCUCUGCACAAGGGCCUCUGAGAAACAGCCCGCCAAAGAGGAGAAGCGAAUCUCCUUUGGCAUGGUGAUGCACUGUCUGCGAAACCCAGCCUGCUGUGCACGGUCCAACAUGGCGGUGGAGUGA